GUUAGUCCACAACUAAAAAUCAGAGAACGGCACCAAGAACAGCGAACUGGAGAGAACUGGAAACGCCAACCCAGGAGCCACUAUCCCGGAAGUCAGAUUCACACGGGCUGAUUGAGUGCACUAAUUGAAUUGCAGUUGGGCCUGCAAAUCCACUUACGAACCCCAUUUAUUCCGUGGAAAAAUAAAACAAAAUUCAAAAUCCAAUUGUGAAUCCUUCGGCAAACCGCAAAAACAGUUUACGAAAUACAACCAAAAAAUAUACUCAGUAAUGGCUCACACGAAGACACGGAGAACCUAUGGCUUCCUGCUGCUGCUUCUCAUCCUGGGCAGCGCCUGCGGCAGCCUGGUGGCCAGCGGCAGCACCACUAAUUCCGCUGCGGCCAACGAGCCAGGAGGCGGAGGCCUCUCAGAACAGGUAGUGGUUGACCAGCUUAGCGAGAGCGACCUGUACGGAAACAAUGGGAACAAGCGCGCCUGGCAGUCGCUCCAGAGUUCGUGGGGCAAGCGAGCCUCCGCCGGUGAUUCGGGAGAUCCAGACAUCUACAUGACCGGACAUUUUGUGCCUCUGGUCAUCACCGACGGAACCAACACCAUCGAUUGGGAUACCUUCGAGCGGCUGGCCAGUGGACAGACCCCGCAGCAGCAGCUCCAACAGUCGCCGCAGUCGGGCGAGGAUGUGGAGGAGCUCGCCGGCGAGCCGGACGUGGAUAAGCGGGCCUGGAAGAGCAUGAACGUGGCCUGGGGCAAGCGGCGACAGGCGCAGGGCUGGAACAAGUUCAGAGGGGCCUGGGGCAAGCGCGAGCCCACCUGGAACAACCUGAAGGGCAUGUGGGGCAAGCGCGACCAGUGGCAGAAGCUCCACGGCGGAUGGGGCAAGCGCUCCGUCCAGCCCCUCAACUAAUCCCUCACGGAAUCGCCCCCAAACUUAGCCAGACUAACUAAUCCAACUGUAUCUAACCGUAUAUAGCAUGUGUGUUUCCUCCCCGGAGGGGUUCCGUUCUCAGUGUCCAUCUCGCGGAAGGCUGCCCGGCACGGGGAACCCUCCCGUCGCCCGGAAGUCCUCCGAAAGUCAAUUCCGAAAAUGUAUGAAAGCGCUCGCCAGUUGCCGGAUCCUGAUGACCCGAUCAGCCAGUAUUAUACGCAUUAUAUCAGUAUGUCUAGUAAACUAUCCACCUAGCACCUAGUCUCCAAGUAUACAAGAGGAUCUUUCGGAAGAAUACCGCUUUAAUUUAGAAACGUUAACUAAGUUAAUGAAUUGUGCAUAUACAUUUAUAAUUAAAUAUACAUCCAUGCAUACCAAAUGGCAACCUAUCGAUAUAAAAUGCAAAUACGUUGAAGAAAACCUA